GCAUGGAGUAACAUGGAGCGCAUGGAGCGCAGAGCUUUAUAAGGAGCGCAAGAAGCUCCCCCGUUAGCUCCAUGCUACUCCAUGUGAUCCAUGCACUCCAUGCCGUGCGAGCUGUGAAACCUUACGAAUUGCUCUGAUAUAGCUACAACGUCCACCCCUAGUUCUAAACCACGACUCAACAUCGACGCAUUUACAUGUCUAGUAUCCGAGUCCCUAGCUGUAACGUGUGAGUGUGAUUUUUUCCUCUUCGGCAACAUCAGAAUCUUCAUCAAUGCUCAGGACAUUGAAACGGGUCCUGCUCCUAGACCUGGCGAUAUCCAGCAUGCGUGUCUAGUACAGGAAGAUGGUCAUUAUAAUGAGAAUUAGUGGGGUAUCGCUAAAGUCCAUCAAGAGCGAAAGCUGUCCAUCAAGAGAUGAUUUAAUCAUGUUCAGCUUUUGAAGUACUAACUAAAACUACGGAGAACAACUUCUACCAACAACCAACUAAAAGAAGAUCAUAAUUGGACUCCCACUCGCUUCUAGCUUGUGGAGGUCGAACUAGUAGCGAGUGUGUGUUAAGUGUUUUUCUUUUUAGAUUACACAGCCAACAAUGCCACGUUUUUUUAAAAUUACAAGGAAGUACUUUUAUCGCACUCCUGGCGUCUACUGGCUCACAACGAGGAAGACGAGGACUCGACUCUUUCGAGAACGUACUGUGUAGCCUGGUAUUUAUGGAGACUUGGAAGCUCAAAGCAGAGCAGACGCAUGAAAUGACUCGACUCCUGCUCGUGCGAUAGUCGUCUUAUAUUUUUGCCGGGCGUCAGGAUGCUGGGCUCACGAGGCAUGCGUGGUAGGAGCCCUGGCCGCGUAGACUCCUAAAAUCGCUCGUGAGCAACUCAGUAGCUACGAGCAGCACAAAAAAUUGAGGCUUACAUAAAUAUUCAUCUUGAGAGGCAUCUUUGACGUGUUUUCAAGGGGAAAAAUAGGGCAAAGAUGCGCGCCAAGAUGAAUAUCGGUAAGGUCUAAAAAAAAGCCCCGUGCAUACGGCAAGCAGCUGUUGUACAAAAUACGUAUCUAUACAACAUAAAAAGUAGUUAGACUUUCAUGUCGUGGAUGUGUGAUGAAAUUCCAUGUUGAGGAAGAAAGAGCAGCGCGAAUCGCAGACUUGGCGCAUGCAUCAACAUCAAGUUCAAGCUUGCGUGUCCAGACAAGAUCAAGUUCAGAUUAAUCGGAUCGGCAUCAAAUUCAAACUCAAAUUCAAUUUUGGAUGAACAAACUGACGUCAUUAGUUGUAUCUAAACAUAAGGAUAUAGUUAUAGUUGUAGAUGUUGUACUUCAGAGUCGCGAACAUGAUUACGGUUCGUAGAUCUAUCCGAACCAGUGGUCGACUCAACACUUCUGCUCGCAUUCCUAAUGACGAAGCGCAUGGACAUAUUAAUGUGAGACGACUUAGUGUCUGCUUCUAGAAAGCCGCAUGCAACUCCUACUUUCUUCAUGUAGUAGUUGUUGUCACAGUGAGAUUCUUAUCAAGGCCGCACUAUUAAUAUGGCAACAUAAGUACUAUUUCAAGCGAGUCCUUCGAUGUUGAUCUUCUACGAUAUGAAUUUGUUAGGCUCGAACUCGAUUGCCGUGGCGGUUCUGCGCAUCACCACGAGAUGUAAGGGAGUAGCGCAAUGCAUUUCUUACUUCUGUCUCUAAUUGAUAUUUUCAAAUUCAGAGGCAUUAAAUCUAAUUCUAAAUUCUAAGAUGACAACUUCUAGAAAGAUAUCUAUUUCUUGUUGUUCUACCAUGUCAAUAACUUCUUCUUAUGCUGUGAAAACAUCCAAAAGCGAUGCCAAAGUUAAGAAGUGGAACUCGUCAAGGUCUCCUGUCGUCAACACGGCAGAUUAGACAAUGACCCAUGAAAAUUGCGGUCUCUCUUAUUGUUCAUCCAUAAUUAUAGUUUGAAAGCCGCCGAAAUCGUCAACAUCAACAGACUUGUGUUAUUUUGUUCAAUGUUGUAGUUGGCUCGGAGCCGCUGACUGAUGGCAAAAAAAGAUGCUAAAUGACCUCACCUCCUCGUGUGGUGUACAUCUGGAGUAACUGCUCCUGUCCGGGAAAGGAGAAGGGGGUGC